GCGUGCGAGGCGAGACGUGGCGACUGAUUUUCUGUCAUACUCGGGAAGUAAACCAUUAUUCCACUUUAGAAACCGUUAUUUAUAUAAUUAAUUCUCCUUUAUCGUUAACGUUCGUCUCUCUAGUUCAGAGGAGCUGGCCGUUUCUGUCUCGACGGCAUGUAAGUGGCCGAAUUGUUUUGAAAAACAUCGCUAUGACUGGGGUGUUUUAAGCAUUUGGCUACUUAGGGCGACCAGCGAAGAUGAAUGCGCUGGUGGCUUUGUGCCAUUUUUGCGAGCUCCAUGGCCCUCGGACCUUGUUCUGCACCGAAGCUCUUCACCCCCCAUCUCCAUCCCCUCCUCAACCUGGCCUUUCCAUCGCCGGAGAUAGGGACAGGGAGGCGGACCGAGAGGGGGAGGGACUCACCAUGCGGGCCAACGGGUCUGCAUCGCAGAGGGCGGACAUGUGUGAGGGCUGUCGCUCGCUGCCAGCCUCUCACCCAGGCUUCGUCAGUGUGGACAAUGAGACGGGGAUCCGCUUCCUGAGCCACCAGCACCCCAGACAGCCACAGCUGUUCAGCGUGGUCCGGCAGGCCUGUGUGCGCAGCCUCAGCUGCGAGGUCUGUCCAGGCAGGGAGGGCCCUAUAUUUUUCGGGGACGAGCAGCACGGCUUUGUUUUCUCCCACACGUUUUUUAUCAAGGACAGCCUGGCGCGGGGCUUCCAGCGCUGGUACAGCAUUGUCAUCGUGGCCAUGGAUAGGAUCUACCUCAUCAACUCCUGGCCCUUCCUACUUCGGCACCUGAAGCUCACCAUCCAGGGCCUCCAGAACACGGCUCUGAAGGUGUUCGACAGCGAGCAGUGCGUCUGCCCACAGAGGGCCGUGAGGAUGAACAGUGUUUUCUCCCCGGCUGUCUUUCCGCACCAAAGGAGCGGCAACGCGGCCCGCUCCCUUCCCUCCUUGACGCAGCAUCCCGACCUGUGGGCCAGCCUGCACUCCUCUUUCAGCUGGCUGCUGAAGGCUUGCGGGAGCCGUCUCACGGAGAAGCUUCUGGAAGGAGCUCCCACGGAGGACACGCUGGUGCUCAUCGAGAGGCAGACAGAACAAGAAGAAGAAAUGAUUGGGUGGGAAGGAGCAGAAGGAGGUUGCUCAUUACCUCAGCGCAACCAGUCAGAUAAUGAACUCGGGAGGGACUUCCUGUGCGACGGUGGAAAAGGGGAGGAGUUGCCAGGGCCAAAGUUCAAAUCCUUAAGGCACUUAAGACAAGUUCUAGGUGCAGUAGAGUUCCGACAGCUGGCCUGGCAUGUGCUGAUGGGGAACCAGGUUAUCUGGAGAGGACCAGACCCUUCACUCAUCCAGUCGGCUUUCAGCGUGCUCAAGGCUCUGCUCCCAGUAGGCUGUGUGAGGUCAGUGCCCUACAGCCCCCAGUACGAAGAAGCCUAUCGCUGCAACUUCCUGGGACUGAGCCCCGACGUCCCGAUCCCUGCCCACGUCAGCUCCUCAGAGUUUGCUGUGCUAGUUGACGUGGUCAAUGCAGAGCGAGGUUCCCUCUACCCUGCGGUCUGCGACGAUGAUAUCCUCUCCCUCUACCAGUUCAACAUCAGCAGUGCCAACACACAGCCUACAGACAGGGGCCCUACACUGCUCAACAAGGUGGAAGUGGCUUUGUCCAAUGAGAACCUUUCCGUAGAGGUGGUGUCACACUGUCUCCUGUGUCUGAAAGAGGAAUGGAUGAACAAAGUUAAGGUGCUUUUCAAGUUUUCUAAAGUGGAUGGACGGGGCCGUGAGGACACCCAGAAGGUUCUAGCACUGCUCGGGGCCACGGGGCCUGGCGAGGAUGACAACGUCCGGCUGCUGAAGUUCUGGAUUACGGGGCUGAGCAAGACCUACAAGAGUCACCUGAUGACAGCAGUGAGGGGUGGGGAGAGGACACUGAGUCAUACUAGUGCUCUUGUCUGCUUUGCUUGUCCGAGGAAGAGGGUGUGAUGAAAUCUUACAAGAAAGCAUCAAACAUCAAUUGAUUUAUAUCGAUGAGAUGGGUCCUGAUGGCUUUCGAGAAGUUUUUCCAAAAGACUACGAAAUUUCUCAUCCUUAUAAUGAUUCCCUAUUGUGUGACAAUGACCCGUGCUGUGUCUUCCAAGCUGCUGCAGAUCUCUCUCAUUCCUGGUUUCAGCUUCUUUUGAAACUGUGGAGACAACAUUACAGACACCCCUUCAUCAGAGAGCUGAAAAGAAAUCUCAACCAAAUUUCAAAUCAGAUAUCGGGCAUUCAUUCAACAAAAGCUAACGUUGUAGUGUCGUCUCCUGAAACACUUCUAAACUACACAAAGGCUGUCUUUUCAAAGUGGUUAGAUCAAUGUGCUCUUACUGAAAAGUCACUCUGUGAAGCCUCAACAUCUAACACACCGUUGAAAGAUGAAGAGGAAGAAAACAGGGUCUAUUCUCACCAAAUCGAAGACAAAUUCUCCAGCGACCAAACUCAGCCCGGUGGGGCUGUGUCACCCAUACCACCCUCAGUCUUUAUCUAUUUGGCUUCAUUCUCUGUUUUGUGUUUUGCACAAAGCAUAUUUUGAAUGCCUGUGACAGUUUUGUUUUGCCCAUUGUAUCAUAUCACACUUUUUGAUAAUGAACUCAGCGAAUGGAAACCUUUUCUCACUGUACCUGCCUCUUUCAAAGCCUCGGGAAAAGACCAUGAAGGACAUCUGACUGUAGACCCCAAGACAAGUUCUGACAACUAAAUACAGGCACUUACUCCAUGGAAAUGUCUGGUUCAAGCACAACAACAACAUGCAUAUCUCUACCAUUUAAACUCGCAGCAUUAUAUUUAUUAUAUUAAUAAUUAAAAUAUAUGCAUAAUUAGAAAUAUAUAAUAUUUAUACAGUAUUUAUUAUUAUAAACACAUAAUGAAAUACAUACUAUAUAUUUAUUAUUAAAUAUAACCACUGGACUCAAAGAUAACAUUUCGAUUCACAAAUGUGACUUUUUUAUUGUUUGUACCAUGCAUCACAUUAUUUUUUAGCUAUGCACAUCCUUGGAGUACAACAUGGACCAUAAUUUCAUCAAUGCUUCACUCAAGCAAAUGUAAAUGCUAUGCUGGUGUUUGAAAAGCACUGUGCUGUAGCAUUCAUGCACUGACAGUCUUAUGCACUGACAGUUCAAUGCAUUGAUAAUCUGAUGCGCUCACAGUGCUAUGCAUUGACAGUGUUAUGCACUGACAGUCUGAUGCACUGACAGUUCUAUGCAUUGACAGUCUGAUGCACUGACAGUUUUAUGCAUUGACAGUCUGAUGCACUGACAGUUCUAUGCAUUGACAGUCUGAUGCACUGACAUUCUGAUGCACUGACUGUUCUAUGUAUUGACACAUUGAACAGACAUUUUCGUUUCCAUAGGGAUGAAUUCUGAUAUAUAUUAGGCAUGGUGGUAAGUUAUUCAUGUGCAAACUCAAAAAAUUAUACACAUUCAUAAAUGCAUAUAUAAUCAAUUCUCCACUUGGAGCUGGGGAAUUCAAUAUGGUGCCUGGAUUAUAACCAAAAUAAUUCAAUCCAGUGUCUGAAUUAUGACCAUUAUCAUCAGUGUCAUUUGUGUUGUGUUAAUCAAAAUAUAUUGAAAAUGGACAGUUGUUCUCAUUAAGAGUUAUCUGCUGAAGUCUGCCAUUCUCCAACAUCAGCAGGAACAUCAUUUACAUAAAUUAGUAUGAUAUUGCACAAUAAAUGUUUGCAUGUUCUCCCGA